AUGACCAUGACCAUGACCGUGGCCAUCACCUACCAGUCCAUCUCGUCUGUAGACAUGAGCUAUGAUCUGGGCACGAAGCCGAACCGCGAGGCCGGACCGAUCGAGCGCGUGGUUCUCCAGGAACGACUCGACGAGGACGAAGAUGGCGACGUCGAAGGGGGGCCCGCGGAACGGGGGCCCGCGGAAGAGGGGUUGAAGGGGGAGGGAGAGGAGGUCGGCUUGCUGGACAUGGCGGAACAGGGCUGGGAGGAGGGCGUGGACCGGCCGGCGGACGACGGUAGCGGCGGCGGCGGGGGCGACUUUUCAAUCACGGAGACGAGGACCGCGGGCAGCGACGACGGCGGUACCGGCGUCGGCCUGCGCGUCGACAGGAAUAGCGCCGCGGCUGCCAUGGCCGAGGCGGAGGUGCGGACGGACGCGGCGCGGUCGUCGCAGUUCGGCGCGAUGGAGGGCAGCGGUGGCAGAGGUGAACCAGGAGGAACGAUGGCAACGGGAGGGAGGAGGAAGUUGGAGGAGGGGGUCGAGGGCGGCGGGGUAGAGGUGGUCUCGAGGCUGGAGUACGCCGGCAACGGUAAAAAGGCGAUGCAGCAGUACCAGGAGGAGUACUGGGGGAAGGGCCACCAGGCGGGCGAGGGCGGCAGCGGCGGUGGGUCGGCGGGCGGGGCCGGUUGGGGAACAGUCGUCCGGCCGUCCAUGGCCCCGCGGCUCUCCGUGGACCUCAUCAACGUCGAUCCCGUCAAGGAGCUGGUCAAGAUGGUGAGCAGCGUCACGCGUUGUCUGGGGUUUCCGGCGCUUGUUUUUGUUCCAUCAUGGGCAACAGACCUGUCUAAUGGUUGGGCAGGCCUAUGUAGUGGUUGA